GGGCAGGGAGAGCGAUGGCUGGAGAAGGGCUGUGAGACCGUGGUACCGCCUGAGAACAGGCCUUUAACUGUCUGCUGCCGCUGCCGUUAGCGGCCUAUGGGACAGGGAAUAUUAAUUUCACACAGACAGGAGCUUUUACUCAAAUCCUGACGUUGACAUUACCUGCAACAGCUCUUGAGCAUGAAUGAUGAUGACUCCCUUCACCGGCUGGAGGGCAGUGACCCUGGCAAUCAGGUUGGCGGAUUAAUAAUAAAAAAGAAGAUUGCCACAGAUGAUCAGCAUAUCUUUCGAGCACCAGCACCAAAGACCUCGCUGCUAGGGCUUGAUAAAUUGGCUGCUCAGAAAAGAAAAGAACGAGAAGAGAAAGAAGAAGAAGAAAAGAAGAAAUCAAAAGUGUCAUCCUAUAAAGACUGGGAUGAAGGAAAGGAAGACUUGGGUUCUGAUGAGGAAAGUGGUGACAAAGUAGGCAGACAUGGGAAAAAGGAAAGGUACUAUCGUACCUCUGGUGCAGAGACACCUUCGCAUACAGGUGGUGUUAGUGAGGAAUUUAAGGAACGACAUCGACAAAGAGAACGGGAUCGUCGAGAACAUGGGGUUUAUGCAUCAUCAAAGGACAAUGAGAAGGAAAAGAAAAGGGAACGAAGCAGAGACCGUGAUUAUGAUCGAGAGUGGAGUAAGUCCAGUUCCACUAGGAACAAGGACAGAGACAGAUCAGAGCGCAGUGAAAGAGGGUACAGAGACAAUUGCUCAGAUCGAAGUAGAAGCAACAGAAAGGAUGAACCAAGCACACCUAAGCACAGAUUAAAAGAUGCUCUUACUCCUUCUCGAUCUAGUUGGGAUGAUGAUGACAGUGGAAUUGCAAGUCAGUAUUCUCAUCGAUCUCAGUGGGAGUCUCCAUCUCCUACUCCCUCACAAAGGGAUUCAGAUAAAAGUGAAAGAAGUUAUCGCAGUUCAGCUCGUGACACUGAGAGGCGUGAUAAAGAAAGAUCUAGAAGGAAUCAUUAUGAAGAGGAUACACCUCUGCCAACACCAUCGUACAAAUACAAUGAGUGGGCUGAUGACAGAAGGCAUUUGGGGGCGACGCCGCGUCUUUCAAAAGGCAAAGGUAAGAAGGAGGAAGGUAAAGAUGGCAUUUAUUUUGAGAAUGAAGAGGAGCAACGGCAAUGGGAGGAAGAUCAAAGGCAAGCAGACCGAGAUUGGUACAUGAUGGAUGAAGGACAUGAUGACUUUCACAAUCCUCUGGCAUAUACUUCAGAGGAAUAUGUGAAGAAACGGGAGCAACUGCUGCAGAAACAGACACAGAAGAGGAUUUCUGCUCAGAAGAGACAAAUUAAUGAGGAUAAUGAGCGAUGGGAAACUAAUCGAAUGCUAACCAGUGGUGUGGUUCAGCGUCUGGAAGUUGUUGAAGAUUUUGAAGAGGACAAUGCAACUCGAGUUCACUUAUUGGUGCACAACUUAGUUCCACCAUUCUUGGAUGGACGAAUUGUGUUUACAAAACAGCCUGAGCCAGUAAUUCCUGUGAAAGAUGCCACAUCGGAUAUGGCAAUAAUCUCCCGAAAAGGAAGCCAACUAGUUCGCAAACACCGUGAGCAAAAAGAACGUAAGAAGGCUCAGCAUAAACAUUGGGAACUGGCUGGGACCAAACUCGGAGACAUUAUGGGCAUAAAACAGGUAGAAGAGAAGGAUAAAGAUGUAGGAGAAGAUGGGAAAGUGGAUUACAGAAUUGAUCAGAAGUUUGCUGACCAUAUGAAGGACAAGAAUGUGGCAAGCAGUGAAUUUGCAAAGAAGAAAUCUAUUCUUGAACAAAGACAAUACCUACCUAUAUUUGCUAUUCGAGAGCAGUUACUCAAUAUAAUACGUGAUAACAAUGUAGUCAUUGUUGUUGGAGAGACUGGUAGUGGAAAGACCACUCAACUAACGCAGUAUCUUAGUGAAGAUGGUUAUUCAAACUAUGGCAUGAUUGGAUGUACUCAGCCCAGACGUGUGGCAGCUAUGUCUGUGGCAAAACGCGUUAGUGAAGAGAUGAAUGUGAAUCUUGGAGAAGAGGUUGGUUAUGCUAUUCGCUUUGAAGAUUGUACUUCUGAACAAACUGUCAUUAAAUACAUGACAGAUGGUAUUCUACUGCGGGAAUCCCUUAGAGAAGCAGACUUGGACCAUUAUAGUGCUGUCAUUAUGGAUGAAGCCCAUGAACGAUCACUAAACACCGAUGUACUGUUUGGCUUACUUCGAGAGGUUGUAGCUCGUCGUGCCGACCUAAAGCUAAUUGUUACUUCGGCAACCAUGGAUGCAGGCAAGUUUGCAGCAUUUUUUGGGAAUGUUCCUGUUUUUCAUAUUCCAGGCCGGACAUUUCCUGUGGAUAUUUUCUUCAGUAAGACUCCCACAGAAGAUUAUGUGGAGGGAGGAGUUAAGCAGGCUCUACAAAUUCACUUAUCAACUAUUCCGGGUGACAUCUUAAUAUUUAUGCCAGGCCAAGAAGACAUUGAGGUGACUUGUGAUCAGAUAGUGGAACGACUAGAAGAGUUGGAAAAUGCUCCACAACUGGCUGUGUUACCAAUAUAUUCCCAGCUGCCCUCUGAUCUUCAAGCCAAGAUUUUUCAAAAGGCUCCAGAUGGAAUCCGAAAGUGCAUUGUGGCUACAAACAUUGCGGAGACAUCACUGACUGUGGAUGGGAUCAUGUUUGUUGUUGAUUCGGGCUACUGCAAACUGAAAGUUUUUAAUCCUAGAAUGGGUAUGGAUGCUCUUCAGAUUUAUCCAAUCAGCCAGGCUAAUGCCAAUCAACGUGCAGGUCGAGCUGGAAGAACAGGUCCAGGCCAAUGUUUUAGGCUGUACACGCAGAGUGCAUAUAAAAAUGAGAUGCUGACCACCACUGUUCCUGAGAUUCAGCGGACAAACUUGGCUAAUGUGGUACUGCUGCUUAAAUCGCUGGGUGUACAAGAUCUACUCCAAUUCCACUUUAUGGACCCGCCACCUGAAGAUAAUAUGCUGAAUUCUAUGUACCAACUCUGGAUCCUGGGUGCCCUUGACAAUACAGGCAGUCUGACGCCAACUGGAAGGUUGAUGGUAGAAUUCCCACUAGAUCCUGCUCUAUCAAAGAUGUUGAUAGUAUCAUGUGACAUGAGUUGCAGUGCUGAUGUCCUUAUCAUUGUCUCAAUGCUUUCAGUGCCUGCCAUUUUCUAUCGACCAAAGGGUCGAGAGGAAGAGAGUGAUCAAAUGAGGGAGAAGUUUGCUGUGCCAGAAAGUGAUCAUUUGACGUACCUUAAUGUUUACCUGCAGUGGAAAAAUAACAACUAUUCCACUAUUUGGGCGAAUGAACAUUUUAUUCAUGCCAAGGCAAUGAGAAAGGUUCGAGAGGUUCGUUCCCAGUUAAAGGAUAUAAUGAUGCAACAACGUAUGAAUAUUGUAUCCUGUGGUACUGACUGGGAUAUCAUCAGAAAAUGCAUCUGUGCAGCGUACUUUCACCAGGCUGCAAAACUCAAGGGUAUAGGAGAGUAUGUGAAUGUCAGAACAGGCAUGCCUUGCCAUUUGCACCCGACGAGUUCACUUUUUGGCAUGGGUUACACCCCAGAUUAUAUUGUAUACCAUGAAUUAGUGAUGACUUCAAAGGAGUACAUGCAGUGUGUUACUGCAGUGGAUGGAGAGUGGCUUGCUGAACUUGGACCAAUGUUUUACAGUGUCAAGCAAGCUGGUAAAACUCGACAGGAAAAUCGUCGUCGUGCCAAAGAAGAAUUGUCUUCUAUGGAAGAAGAAAUGGCUAUGGCACAGGAGCAACUACGGGCACGCAAGGAGGAACAAGAGAAAAAGCAUAUUCUAAAUAGUGCAAGGUCUGUCAAGAUUUAUACUCCUGGACGCAGGGACCCAGGAACACCAAUGACUCCACGACAUACCCCAGCACGUUUUGGACUUUGAUUGUUAUCCAAUUUUGUUUUUAUGUUUUUUAAUUUUGUACAAAAUAUGUUUAAAUAUUAUGGCUUCAAAUCUAUAUUUGUAUAUUACCACUAAAAAAAAAAUUACAUUUUUCUAGUGCCUGAGAAUAACCGUAUUUGGGUUUAUAAUGUAACACUUGAGUUUUUCAUUACAUCAUAGGUGAUUAGUGAUUGAAAAAUUCAAGUUUGUCAUCACUAUGGAUAGUGUACAGGUUCAUGUGACAGCAGUUUUGAUGCUGCCAUCAUUGGCUUUGCCAUAGAUCUAUGUGCCCUCAACGUUGAGUCAGCUAAUUGUGUGUAUGUGUGUGUGUUUACACGAUGUAUGGAUAACCUGUGCAUUCCAGUGGAUCUCUUGUCAGUUUUAUUUUGUAUGCAAGAAUUGGUUCAGUGUUCAAAUGUAACCCAUUCUCACACUUAGACUUUCUGUAUUUCUUUUCAGUUCUGGACAUCUGUUGACUUUGAUUUUACAGUGCUUUGCAACUUUAUUCCUCAGAAAAAAAAUGAUUUAAACAAUCAUCUGUAUUUAAGUGGAAUAACAAUAAUUUUAACUCAGCCGUACUUUUGGUCCAUCUGAAUCUCCUACAGCUCCACGCCUUGUCUAAAUAAUAAGCAGAACUGCUUUCUAAGGCUUUGGGGAGUUAAUUCAACAGAUAUUACGAAAGAGGACAAUACAAAGGGAAAUGAGCAAUCCUGUAUUUCUUGACUUUUCAGUGAAAUACCUCAUCUUACAGGAGCAUUAUCUGACCAGGCUGAUAUAUCAGUGCCAAUUCUCCAGGGACCUUUGGAGUUAUCAUAAUGUAUAAGUAGCAAGAUUGAUGAAAUAUGCUGUUCCUUGCUAUUUGAGGGUCAAGUUAGGUUUAACUAGUCAAAAUAGCCUUGCAUUGUUGUUUCUUUUUCUUUUCUGCUCUUAAAUUGAAUUUGUCCAUUCAGCCAGGCUUUUGAGUGUUAGUAUUUGGUGAGAAAUCCUUAUCAGGGAGAAAAUAAUUCCUGCUGUAUUGGCAAAAUAGAACUGAUUUUCUGCUUGUGACAUUGAAGAAACAGCAAUUUUUGCCUGUUUAUCCAUUCUGUGCAACUUGGGAAUGGACCUUCUCUGGGAGAGGUGUGUGAUGCAGUGCAACUUAUGUAUCUUCAGACCAUAAGACACUGGGAUAUGAGUAGGCUUGACUUGCAUGGUUCAAAACAUCAGGUCCUCGUGUUUUCCAAAGCAUGGCUUUAUUUGAUUCCAUUUCAACAUUCAUCAGGCUGUAUGCAAGAAAACAGGUUUCUUGAGUUUUUUGUUUGUAUUCUUGUCAACUCCAAAUUUGAACUGUACCUGUGCCUUCUACAAAUGCAGAAAUGUGUUUAAUUUCUUCAGACUUCAACCUGGGAUUAACACAUUAUUUGUAUUCCAAUGAUUUUUUUAAACACUCUUUCAAUUUUAAAAGGAGUUUCAGCCUCUUCCAAAUGCUCAUUUCUCUAAACUCACUCUUCAUUAACCAGGCCUCUAAAUUCCACAGUUAUCCUGGAUAGAAAAUUGGGUUUACUUUACCUGUCCAGUAAUUUUUUGCUGAGGUUCCUUUGUGCUUUACAAUUGUUUCACCCAGCUUGACCUUUCAACAUGAGCUGAUCUGUAUUUUUAGCUAUUUUAUGAAAAUGUGCAGUCCUUUAUGACAGGUGUCACAAAUCAAUUAAAGAAAGGGAUAUCCAUGAUUUCCUCCAAAUUUGUUCUACAACUUCCUACUAUUCAUUUCUUGAAUCCCUAUUUCAGUUAACUUCUACUUGCAUGCAUACAGAUACUUUCCUGCAAUUGGCUUCAGCUGUUAUGAGCUUCACAGGGUUCAAAACAUGUAGACCAAUUAAAACUAGAGUUUUAACAACUGAUUUAAAGUCUACCAGGUGCACAAGUACUCCAAAAUGAAAUAAUUGUGGAAAGAAAUUCUGAUUUUAGAAAACGGGGUGGAGGAGGAGAAGCCCUGAGUGAUGUGGAAAUAACAAUGGCCAGAACAGGUGGCAACAGCACUAGUUUACCCAUGGACAAUGUAUAUUAGAUAGAUAUCAGUUUCAGAAAUGGAGAGCCCUAAUUGCAGCAAUGAUAAGAAGGACAGGAAUCAGGGAGGCAGCUGCUUUUUGAAUGGAAUUUUUUAAUUAUUACACUGGAUUACCUGGAUUUUUUUUGUGUCUCUGCAAGUUGUUCUUCAAUAAACAUAAAAGUGUCUUGUUGUAAUAUAAACCUGAGAUCUUGCAUUCAAAACAGAGGUUGUGGCAAUGUAGGGUCAUAUUUGUUAAUAAAUGUGGAGUUUUAUUGUAAACAAA